GAGCACCCUGGCUGGCCAGCCCCAGGUCCCUGGUGUGGUGAGGGACACCGGCGUGCCCCACGAGCCCAGCGGGCACUGAGACAGCUAUGGGGCUGCUGACCGGGGACACGCUGGGGCCCCUGGCCGUAGCCGUGGCCAUCUUCCUGCUCCUGGUAGACCUGAUGCACCGGCGCAGGCGCUGGGCCACACGCUACCCGCCAGGCCCCACGCCAGUGCCCAUGGUGGGCAACCUGCUGCAGAUGGACUUCCAGGAACCAAUCUGCUACUUCAGCCAGCUGCAAGGCCGCUUCGGAAACGUGUUCAGCCUGGAGCUGGCCUGGACGCCGGUGGUCGUGCUCAACGGCCUGGAGGCGGUGCGCGAGGCCCUGGUGCACCGCAGCGAGGACACUGCCGACCGCCCACCUAUGCCGAUCUAUGACCACCUGGGUUUGGGGCCAGAAUCCCAAGGGUUGUUCCUGGCGCGCUACGGGCGCGCGUGGCGCGAGCAGCGGCGCUUCUCGCUGUCCACCCUGCGCAACUUCGGCCUGGGCAGGAAGUCCCUGGAGCAGUGGGUGACCGAGGAGGCCUCGUGCCUCUGCGCGGCCUUCGCCGAGCAGGCGGGCCGCCCCUUCGGCCCCGGCGCGCUGCUGAACAAGGCGGUGGGCAACGUGAUCUCGUCGCUCACCUACGGGCGCCGCUUCGAGUACGACGACCCGCGGCUGCUCCAGCUGCUGGAGCUCACCCAGCAGGCGCUGAAGCAGGACUCCGGCUUCCUGCGUGAGGCCCUGAACUCCAUCCCCGUGCUCCUGCACAUCCCGGGACUGGCCAGCAAGGUCUUCUCCGCGCAGAAGGCCUUCAUAACCCUGACAAAUGAAAUGAUCCAGGAGCACAGGAAGACCCGGGACCCCACCCAGCCACCCCGACACCUGAUCGACGCCUUCGUGGAUGAGAUAGAAAAAGCCAAAGGGAACCCCAAGACCAGCUUCAAUGAGGAGAACCUGUGCAUGGUGACCUCUGACCUGUUCGUCGCUGGGAUGGUGUCCACCUCAAUCACGCUGACCUGGGCCCUCCUGCUCAUGAUCCUGCACCCGGACGUGCAGCGACGUGUCCAGCAGGAGAUAGAUGAGGUGAUAGGGCGGGAGCAGCUACCAGAGAUGGGAGACCAGACCCGUAUGCCCUUCACCGUGGCCGUGAUCCAUGAGGUGCAGCGUUUUGGGGACAUCGUCCCACUCGGUGUGCCCCACAUGACGUCCCGAGACACUGAAGUGCAGGGCUUCCUCAUCCCCAAGGGGACGACACUCAUCACCAACCUGUCGUCAGUGCUAAAGGACGAGAAGGUCUGGAAGAAGCCCUUCCGCUUCUACCCCGAGCACUUCCUGGACGCCCAGGGCCACUUCGUCAAGCAUGAGGCCUUCAUGCCCUUCUCUGCAGGCCGCCGCGUCUGCCUCGGGGAGCCCCUGGCCCGCAUGGAGCUCUUCCUCUUCUUCACCUGCCUCCUGCAGCGCUUCAGCUUUUCAGUGCCUGCGGGGCAGCCCCGGCCCAGCGACCACGGGGUCUUCACCUUCCUGAAGGUUCCAGCCCCCUUCCAGCUCUGUGUGGAGCCUCGCUAGGGGCAGGAACCACCACCCCCCGCCGCCCGGCUCCUCAGCAGGGGCCCGAGGUACAAUAAACCAGUUUGGUGGCUCC